AUGUGGAAAACCAAAACCCCGACUUCUAGAAGGGCUGAGAUCCAGCAUAUCUACGAAUGCUACACCUCAGGCCAGACAACUCUGCCUGCCUGCUCCCUCCUCAGGUUCCUCCACAAGGAGCAGAUGGAGAUAACAGCCAGUCAAGAGACAGCAGAGGAAUUGAUUGAUAAAUAUGAGAUUGAAGAGACAGCCAGAGCAAGUAGAUCCAUGACGUUUGAGGGAUUCCUCAGAUAUAUGGAGUCCAAGGACUGCUGCGUGUUUGACCAGUCCCACACCUCGGUGUAUCACGACAUGGACCAGCCUCUCUGCAAUUACUUCAUCUCUUCAUCUCACAACACAUACCUGACUGGAGAUCAGCUGGUAGGCAAGAGUCACCUGGAUGCAUAUGUUACCGCUCUCAGGAAAGGCUGCCGCUGCCUGGAGAUUGACUGCUGGGAUGGGCCUGACAUGGAGCCCGUGGUCUAUCAUGGCUACACCCUGACCACCAAGAUCCUCUUUAAGGAUGUCAUCACUACUGUAGAGCAACAUGCCUUCGAGAUGUCUGCCUACCCUGUGAUCCUGUCAUUGGAAAACCAUUGCUCACAGGAGCAACAGGUGGUCAUGGCCCAGUAUCUCAUUUCCAUCCUAGGGGAGAAGCUGCUGAAAUCACCUGUGGAGCUGCCUGUCUCUGCACAACUACCAAGCCCAAACGACCUGAAGUACAAAAUCCUCAUCAAAAACAAAAAGCUGAGGCCUCAAAGUGAGACAGAGGACAAAGCAGGGAAAGAAGGAGAGGAGAGCGAAGAUGAGGAGGAGGGUGAUGAUGAGGAUGAGGAGCCUCAAACUAAAUCAAAGCUCUGGUCUCCUAGAAAGGCAGGGUCAAAGAAGAAAAAGAAGGUGGUGGUGGCUGAGGCUCUGUCUGACCUGGUUGUUUACACCAAAUCAGUCAAAUUCAUCAGCUUCAGCUAUUCUAAGGAGAACCAGAACUUCUAUGAGAAUACAUCCAUGGGAGAGAAGAGGGCUCGCAAGCUGACCAAAUGCUCAGGUCCAGAGUUCAUUGAACACAACCAGAGGUUCCUCAGCAGGAUUUACCCAGCAGGCUCCAGGACAUCCUCCUCCAACUACAACCCCCAGGAGUUCUGGAACGUCGGCGCACAACUAGUGGCACUCAACUUCCAGUCACUGGGCUUGCCUAUGGACCUUAAUGAUGGCCGUUUCCAGGACAACGGUGGCUGUGGAUACAUCCUGAAGCCAGAAGUGCUCAGGUCCAGUCAGAAGAGGUUUGAUCCCAGCUGCAGCCAGCACAGCAGCAGGGCCACACACCUGCUGCUCAAGCUCUCCUGUCCUCUAUGUGUGUGUCUAUAGGUGAUCAGUGCAUCCAACCUGCCUGUCCCAAGGAGUGGCAAAGCUCUUGACCCUUUCGUCAGAGUGGAGAUCCAGGGUGUCAUGUCUGACUCCUGCAGAAAAAACACGAGCACUGUCAAGAACAACUCUCUGACCCCUUGCUGGGAUGCAGACAUGAACUUCAGUAUCAGUGUCCCUGAGCUCUGCCUCAUUCGUUUUUCCGUUCGGGACCAGACAGGCCUCCUCAGCAGCGAGUUUGUGGGCCAGUACACCCUGCCCUUCACCAGCAUGAAGAAAGGUUACCGCUGGGUGCCCCUCCUGUCUCGAGAGGGAUCCAGCCUGGACCCAGCCUCCCUCUUCAUCUUUGUGUGGUAUUCCUAAAACAGCUCUUCACAUCAG